UAAAUUAGAUCAAAAGUUUACUUCAGGCACUUUAUAAUCCAUAUUGAAAGUUUUGAGAAUACUUGUCAUGCAGCAUUCCCCAAUAUCUACUGCCUGUUUUUCGAGUAAUAAUAGGGAUCUCUUGCUUAAUGCUUAUUACUUCAUUUACCAAAAUUUUUUCUUUGAAAAGUCGUAAAAAAGAAGAUAAAAAGACAGAUGAUAAAUUGCAUGACGAGAAAAGGAAAAAUUCUAAAAUGGAUGAUUUUGAAGAUGAUUUAGAUUUUAAUGAAACUCCUAUUAGGAAAUCUGAUUUUCGAUCGGAUAGAAAGCAAGAUGUGUCCCUUGAUUUCAUUUCUGACUUUUCUUCUGAGGCACCACCGCGUACAAGAAAAACAGCCGGCUGGUCAGAUGGUACGCCAGGCAAAAAGAGUUGGCUCAGGAGAGGCUCCAUCAAUUUUUUAAGAGAUUCGCCUAAGAAAGAAGUUAUAGACACAAGCCCAGUGAAUUCAGAAAUUCCAGUUAUACCUGAUUUAGAUACUAUGAAAGAAGAAGAACUUUCUGCUGAUGUUGCUAAAGCUCCUAGUUUAGCAGUUAGUAGAAUUGCCACAUAUAAAGAACUCGACAGUGACUUAUCAAAGCAUUCAGCUUUCCAAUCUUUGGAUGGGAUUGAUUUAAGUCUUCUUACUAAACGUUUACUGCCUGAACAUCUGGUGAAAAAGGAAGAUGAGACACCCUGGACAUGGGAUACACUUUUUGCGGAUGUAUCAUCUCAUUUUCAUUCAGCAAGUGCUUUAGACAGUAAUAGUGUUGAGAAGCUUAGUGAUCAAGUAGAUAAGGAUUUGUAGAUUUGGGGGGGGAUGGGGAGUGCAGUAUUAAAAUUUAUCAUUCUGCUGAAAUGGAUUUAAGUUUUUGUGAAAAGCUAAUUAAGUGAGGUAAUACAUUUUCAUCAAUCAUAAUUCAUUGCAUUAAUCUCAUCAAAAUCAUUUCUAUGUAACAAGCAGCCCUAUUAAUUUAAGAUUGAUUAUAAUUAGGGAUUGCAAUACCGGACCAAAAUUUCAAUACCGGUAUUCGGUAUUUUUUAAAUCUUAAUACCGGGAUACCGGUUUUAAUACCGGUAUUAGGAAUUUUGGAAAAAGAAAGAAAACACAGGUGUUUCUUUUUUUUUAUUUGCCAGUUUUGUUAGAGAGUGUAAAUAUCACAAAAAAUAAUUUGUAACUUAUAAAUUAUAACAGUAUAUAAUCACAAAAAAGUAGUUAUUAAGUAUUUAAGUAUUUAAAUCACAAAAAAAUUGCAAAUAUCACUAUUCAGUUUGUGGUACUAUUACAAAUUUUUGAAAUAUGAUCUAAAAAAACAUAAUGCAUCAAUUGUACUGUCAUUAAACCUGAAAAGUAAUUUUGUGUAAAAAUUACCAGCUGUCGAAAACGCUCUAUCGGCGUCUACACUAGUUGGUGGUACUGUUAGCAAUGCGCGAUAUACUUUUUCCAAGUAUUUACCUCUAAAUCUCUCAUCUUCAAAUAAAUCGAUUUCUCAUCGGAUGGUUUUGGAUAUAGCUGAUUUCUGUAUUGUAUUUUGGUUCGUUGAAAUUUUUUUAUUUAUCGCUAAUUCUAAUUUUUGUUCAAGAGACAAUUCCUUUUCACUAUUGACAGUAGUGACAUCAUAAUCUUCGAUAACUGAACCGAAUUCUGAAUGUGGAUAGGUUUGUGGGGAAAAAAUUUUAAGAAACUUUACUCUAACUUAAUCAGAUUUGAAUUGGUUAUUUUCUUUUCUUCUUUUCAUUUUCAUUUUUAAAAUCAUUAGAAUUAUGUAAAUACCAUAAGACAUUUUCUAUUUCGGUAUGCCUUUCUUUUUUGCUAUGUUUCAAUGUAAUAUAUAAUUCUUCAGAUACUAAUGUACUCUGUUCUUUCAGUGACUGCUACAUGAAAUUUACUGUUGCAUUAGCUGUUAAUAAAUUAGAAUCUCUCCAACAUAAUGCCUCAAUAGUCAGUUGUAUUGGAAGUAGAGCUGACAUAGUUCUGGAUAUUAAGUCGAAUUCACUAUCUGAAAAAUUAAUUUACAGGUUUAAGUCAAUUAUUGCUUUUUGGAUUGGAUUUCCCAGUUUCAAAAAUCGUCCCAUCAUUAGGAGUAAACUGUUCCAACGUGUUUUAGAAUCUAAUAUUAACAUAUAUUCUGUUUUAUUUUCAGUUAGUAUAUAUUUUAGUAAUAUAUCCUUUUUAUAGGGGAACGUUUAAAUAUUUUAACUAUUUUUCGAACUUUAUAAAUUAUAGGAAGCAAUUCUUGAUAGGUUAAUAUUUCAUCCUCAUUAGCAAUAUCUUCUUCAGCAAUUACAUUGUCAUUAUCUUCAUUGUCAAUAUCACUCUCACUCUUACUCUUUUCAAAGUUGGAAUCCGAAGUUUCUAUAUCCACAGUAUUUGGAUUCUUCUGUUCUUUAUAUUUUUGGUAUAAUACAUCUAUUACUCCUAAUUGAAUUCCAUGUGCAUAGCACAACUGCUGAUUUGCACCAAUCAACUUUCCAACUUUUUUCAUAAUUGUUGCUCCAUCAGUCGUUAUGGAAACUAUAUUUUCUUUCAGGGAUAAUCCAUGUUUCGAUAAUUUAGAUUUAAGCAAUUAAUUAAGCCAUUAAUUAGCUAAUUAAUUUCGCCUGUUAGGGAGACAUAAAAACAAAAACGUAUACUAUAUUGCUAUGUUCGCGACACCUGAACAUAUAGUGGAGACAAUUUCAAAAAUUUCUAGUAAAUACCGAAAAACCGGUAUUCAAACUUGUGAAUACCGGUAUUACAAAAUUGUACAAAUGGCUCAAAAUACCGGUAUUCGGUAUCCCGGUAUACCGGUAUUGCAAUCCCUAAUUAUAAUAUUCAUUUUAUCGUUAUUUAUUGAUUUUGGUAACCUGAUGACAGAGCUUCUGCCUUGGGAGCGGAGGAUCGCGGAUUCGGCUUCCAAUUCCACCAAUGAUCUGCAGCGUAUGACAUCCGAUACUUAUUAAAUUUUAUUGAUAAAAAUGACAAUUUUUAUUUUAAAUAUUAAAAUUUUGUUUCCCUUAAUAAUUUAUUCACUAAAUUUUAUCAUGUCAGUAAUUUGUUUUUGUAUUGCUGGAAAGUAAAGAUGAAGAAACAAAAGAAUAAGUUUAUAUUAUUAAACGUCUCUUGAGAUUAAUGUUAAUGGAAAAAUUAAUGUUAAUGGAAUCUUUUUCUCCAAGGAUUAAGAUGUUACAAAAGUAAUUCCUAACUGAAAGAAAAACAAAGAACUUCCUUCAGUUGGUUCACUUUAUGAAAGCUAGAGCAACCUUUUAGCUGUUCAGCUUGUCAAAAUAAUUUUUAUAAAGAGCUUAAGAAAAAGAAAGAAAGAAAUGUCUAGCUAAAAGCCAAAAAUACAUUAGUCGAAAACAAGAGUAAAUAUUUUUUUUUUUUUAAAUCACUGUCAUUUUCAUUGGAUUCUUUGUUUUACCGAAGCCGAAAUUAAUAUUAUUAUAUUAUAAUCUUCAAUGUAUUAUCUUUAUAUAUAGUUUUUUUUUUAUUCAAAUAAUAUUCUGUAUAACAUGCUUGAACAAUAUUUUAUUUAUUUUUAAACUGACUGAUGUGAUAUCCAUGACUCUGGAAAUGUUAAUGCUACUUAAAAUCAAU